UCGGGAGUUUAAAUGUAUUUUUCAGUGUCAUUUCAAUUUAGUUUGAGAAUAUUUUAUACAUCAAAUGUGGCUUCUUGGUUCAACUCCCGAAGUCAUGGAAGAGCGCCUGUCACCUUCUGCACGUUUUGUCCGAAGCCCCUGGAAUAACCAUAAUCAAGCCGCAACAAGGGUUCACAGUAUUGAAGCAAUAUUGGGAUUUAAAGACGAAAAUAUGUUUCAUCAAUCUGUGUCCUACAAUGAAUCAGGAAAACCUGCUGAGCCGAGAGGAAAUGGAAUUAUGUCAUCCCCGAAGAAAGAACUCAACCCAAAAUGUUUUGACAGUGUCUGCUGCAGCGGUUCGGGGGCGUCUGUCAGUUCUGACUUACCUAAAGGGGAGGAUAAAUUGCACGUUGAUGAGAACCCAAAGAAGAAACACCGGCGUAAUAGGACCACGUUCACCACCUUUCAGCUGCACGAGCUGGAGAGAGCGUUCGAAAAGUCGCACUAUCCUGACGUCUACAGCAGAGAGGAGAUCGCGCUCAAAGUUCAUCUUCCCGAGGUCCGAGUACAGGUGUGGUUCCAGAACCGUCGGGCCAAGUGGCGUCGCCAGGAGAAGCUGGAGGUGAGCUCCAUCAAGCUCCAGGACACUUCCUCCUUCCUGUCCUUCAGCCGCUCCUCCUCCCAGUCUCUGGGCUCCGGGCUACAGCUGGAGCCAUGGCUCAGCACUCCCACCACCACUGCCACCCCUCUGCAGUCCCUUUCCGGCUUCAUCACCAGCCCAUCUCAGGGCCUCCAAAGAACCUCCAGCUACACUCCUCCACCCUUUCUCAACUCCCCCAGUUUCGGGCAUAUUGGUUCUCUGUGUCCUCCUCCGCCACCCCCGUACCAGUGCUCAGCGUCUGGGUACGUGGACAAGUUAACUAUGGAGGAGUUGGAUCCUCGUAAUUCUAGUAUUGUGUCUCUGAGGAUGAAGGCUAAGGAGCAUAUUCAGUCUAUUGGGAAACAUGGUGAGGAUGGAUGCUGGCUUGCAUCCCUCUGAGGCAAUGCAAAGAUCUGGUUUUAGGUUCUGACUUAGGAAAUGUACACUUUUCCUACUUACCUUGUGCAGGUGUGUAAAGGUAUCCAAAUAAGCUGCGUUGGUUCGGUUGACUAGGUGAAGGGAACAUCUGUGCUUGCAUACUCCCUUACAGGGACACUUUGGGAUUUUGGCAAUGAAGCCUUUUAACUACUUCCCCAGAAUCAGAUGAACAGGCUGGGAAAAAAACUGGCGAACACAGCCAAACACCAAAACAAACAAAAACCUCACGAAAUGUUGUCAUAAUAUAUGCAGUAACUGUUUAGAACCGGGAAGUAUAAGAUAAUCUUAACAGGCUUUGCAGAUGAGGUUACCUUGCGUGCGCUGAAUAAAUUUAAUUCAACCGCUGAAAACCCUCCCACUUGCUGGCCAACAGAUUUUCUAAUGGAAUUUUUAUUCAAUAGCCAUCCCUUUAAAUUUGGUGUACCUUUAAUUAGAAUUUUCUCAACAGACUCACUAGAACAUAUAGAUGGGUCUGUUGUUUAGCAACAAAACCGACCCACGCACAACUAUGGGGUAAAACAGACGGGGUUGGCUUAGAUUGUUGACAACAUGUAAACUAUAUUUAAUCUCCAACGUUUAUUGAAAACAUGAAUAAAGUUGCACAAUACAUUUUUUGACAUGUUAGCAUAGCAUAGCAUAAACGUGACAGUCAAACACCUCAUAACAACACAUGGUUUUCGGGAAGUUCUCAGCUAACCUGUCUAUGGAGAGAAUGUUUCAGAAUGUUAGGGACCAAUGAAAAAAAGCCUUGUAAAUACAUGCAUUUUUCUUUCCUUUUCAGCACCAAUUGGUAGAUAAAAAAAAUACUCUGAUCUUGUAUAUUAUUUAGGGUUAGGAGAGUACUUAUACAUUUUUUUAUUUACCUACCAACUAGGUAGGUUCUGCUCUACUAUCAGUGCACACAGGUUUCCAUAGGCUACAGUCUCUGCUUGGAUCUCCAAAUUUAACUCCUGCAAAUGAUGAAGCCAUAGGCCUAAAAUAAAAAUUCUGAAUAAUGAUACAGCUAUUUCUACUUCACUUGUGGAAAAGAGGCCGAAAUACCUGUCAUGUUGACAUGCUUUUCAGUUUGCUGAAAUAUGACUGGUUUCACAUUUUCACAACGAUCAUAAAAUAAAAUAGAUCUAAAACAACUGUCAUUUAUAUUUACAAUCCUCUUGUCCUAACUAAUGACUAAUUUACCUAGGUCUUAUUAAUAGCUCUUAUCAAUUUAUAAAUUACAGUGCAUAGAGAUUUGGUGUUAUUUCUACAUAUAAUUAUCAUUUUUUUUAAAGUGGUGGAAUUAUGAGCAAAUUAAGUCAAGGUCUGACUACGGAAUAUCUGUAGACACACCUCUGUCUCACCUCCUUUUCUGUGAAUAGCAUUGAAUGGGUUGUGAAUAGCAUGAUAUUCUCAUCCACAAGGUCAAGGUCAGAAUAUGCUUAAAGAGAAAAGUGUAGAAAAAGGGGAAUUAUGUUCCAUUUAGGCACUCUUAAUUCGGGUCAGAAUUCCCCCUCUUACUGAAUGAAGGAUGCCAUUGAAGAGAAAGUGGAAAUGUUCAAAUGUAAAAUUGCCUGCAACCUGGUUUCUAUGUUGACAUUUGCAUCCCUAUUUUAACAAUUAUCUUCUGUUAUGUAUUUGUACUUCUGCUAAGACAAUCACAUCCCAGGAUUAAUCAAUGUAUUUAUCAUUGUUUCCAAGCCCUUGUCUAGAUAACUUUCUUUCAGUGUUCUUCCAGUUUGUACACUUUACAAAUGUUCAUGACCGAUUGUCCAUUUGUUGUUUAUCUCCAUACGUUAAUAAUUUUAUGGAAAUAAAACUGCAUAGUUACAUCAACACUUAUCCCUUAUUUCAUUAAUUGUCAUAUGUCCUAUGAUAUAUGCAUGUAUUGUGUUGUUGCAUACACGUUAUGUGUCAUAGCUUCACCAUGCACAAUGGGCAUUUCUUAUUCAUUUGGAGGACUCUUCAUAAUCAGUUUUCAGUCAACAUUUGGUUUGGAGAGAAAAAAGAGAGACAUAUAUAUUUCUUACAAUAGAAUAUUCUUUUUUGAAGACGAUUGCUUUUGCAGAAUGCUUUCAACUUUUUAGAAAACAAGUGGUUUUAUAUUCACACUUAUUGCUAAUUUAAUUUAAAUCUCAAAUCACAGAGCAGAGCGGAACAAGUGAACAUGGUGUCCGGUUCCCUCUAGUGGACAUUAGUGUUAUGAAGAAGGAGAAACAUAUCGUUCAACAUUUUGACUUCCAGCUUUAUGUUGUUCAGAAAGCUGUCUACUCCACCUUUCUUCCAAUUAAACAAUGUACUAUGUAGUCUACUUUCAAAACUGGGUGUUUUUUUGUGUGGGGGAUGGGGGGUCCCUAAUGUCAUUGGGAAUAAGAGAUUUGAAAGUCUAGGUUUCAGAUCAAAUAUGUCAUCAAUUACUGUUUCAAAAGGAAUAAUAAUAAUUAAAACAUCUUAGAUCUUUUACUCUAAACAUGUGUUUAUUCCCAUUGGAACACAGCCAUUUAAAAGUGCAGGGCUUAUGCAACGUGCCAUAUCUUUAUUUUCUGUCUUUCUGUCAGGAAUGAUAUAACUAUGAGAAGAAGAAAGCUGAAGUCUCUAUCUAUCCACUGAUGUACAUAUAUCCUCUGUCUGAUUCCAAGUUCGUCCACUAGAUAGUAGUAGGAAAUCACGAUGUGAUCUGUUGUCACUGUCUGUCUCUGCUUCUCCUUGUCCUCCUCUGUUGUCACUGUCUGUCUGUGCUUCAUCGUGUUCUCCUCUGUUGUCA